AUUUGUGAUUAAAAGAAGAGCAGUGUUAUUCAUUGUACACAAAUAAUAAAAUUAAUGUUGACGAAAUCUUAAGUUAGAUAUUUCACGAGAUGGAUCAACUUGGAAAUGAUGAUCAAGUUUCCAUGACAAUAGAGAACCAUGAAAUGUUGUUCUCUUCUGAUUCCGAAGUCGAGUCUCCUAGUCCAAGGACAAAUUAUCAUUUCAGGUCGUUGAAGAGCAAUGAAGUAAUGAAACUGGAAGAAGGUGACCAAGAUCAUGAUUUGAUUAAGGCAGGUUUUCUUAGUGGAAUGGGACAAUUGGGAAAUGAAAUUGAAGUUGUGGCUGUACAUAAAAAUUCAUGUUCCACUAUAUUAGGGCAAGCGAGGUCAGAAAGUUUUCGUAUUUAUUCCGAAGCAAUGCGGAAAAAAUGUAGUGGAGAUGCUAAUAUUAAAUAUGCUUGGUUUGGUUCUUCCAAAGAUGAAAUUUGUAAUAUUAUUUCACAUGGAUUUUCAACAAUUAUGGAACCUAAUUAUGGGGAUUGUUUUGGCAAUGGUGUCCAUCUUUAUCCUGCAAAUAUCGAUGGGGUAUUUUCGGCAGUGGAAGAUGAGAAUGGAUUAAGACAUAUGUUACUUUGCAGAGUAAUAUUAGGAAAUACAGAAGUAAUUGAGGCUUCAUCCAAACAAUUUCAACCAACUUGUCAAGAUUUUGACUCCGGAGUUGACAAUUAUUUGGCUCCUAAAACAUACAUUAUUUGGCCUUCUAAUAUGAAUUCUCAUAUUUUACCAAAUUUUCUAGUGAGUUUCAAGGGUCCAUUAUCAUUAGGUACCUCUUUGAAAAUCAAGAUUCCAUUGAAGCCUACACCACGUAUAAAAUUUUCAAAUCUAUUGCGUGUGCUUUCCAAUUUUUUACAUCCUUCAAGAAUGGUUUUGAUCACAAAGAAAUAUGAAGAUUUUCAGAAAAACAAGAUCUCAAAAAUGAUAUUUGUUCAGAAGUUGAGGCAAAUAGCUGGAGAUACAUCACUACUUAAGAGUUGUCAUGAUAUUGUAUCCAAACAUUAAGGUAGAGCAAGGGGUCUGACUCUGUAUUUUCCUUAUUUUUUUUUAUUUAACUAUUACUAUUGUAAUAUUGUAAACUCUGUGAUAACUAUAGUCUAUAGAGUAUUUAGUUGAGCAAGUUAAUUGAUUAUGGCAAACAACAUAAAUAUCAUUAUUUAAGAAUCUAAUUAUGUGUCUUUUCAUAAAUUUUGAAAUUACAAUUUGUGUCA